GGUUCGUACAUAAUUUGCCUCCAUCCCGCCUUGUGGACACUCUCAGUGCAACUUUCAUACCUUUCUUCUUUCUCAACUUUUUUUUCUAGGGUUUUGGCGCAGGGUUUUCGACGUUCGUACUCCAUCGAAGCCACUCAUCAUGCACGCUCCGGUUCUCGUUCUCAAAGAUUCUCUAAAACGUGAGUCUGGGAGCAAGGUUCACCAUGCUAACAUCCAGGCUUCCAAGGCUGUUGCUGAUAUUAUUCGUACCACGUUGGGCCCAAGAUCUAUGUUGAAGAUGUUACUUGAUGCUCAAGGAGGGAUCGUUGUUACCAAUGAUGGAAAUGCCAUUCUCCGGGAAUUGGAUAUUGCACAUCCAGCAGCAAAAUCGAUGAUUGAACUUAGCCGAACACAAGACGAGGAAGUAGGAGAUGGAACUACAUCAGUUAUUGUGCUUGCUGGUGAAAUGCUCCAUGUUGCUGAGGCCUUCAUUGAGAAAAAUUAUCACCCAACAGUCAUUUGUCGGGCCUAUAACAAAGCUCUAGAGGAUGCACUUGCUGUGCUUGAUAAAAUAGCUAUGGACAUCGAUGUGAAAGAUCGCACUGCUAUGUUGGGGCUGGUCAAAAGCUGCAUAGGCACCAAGUUCACUAGUCAAUUUGGAGAUCUGAUUGCUGAUUUAGCAAUUGAUGCUACUACAAUUGUCGGUGUUGAUCUUGGCCAAGGCGUACGUGAAGUAGAUAUCAAGAAGUACAUAAAAGUUGAGAAGGUUCCAGGUGGUCAGUUAGAAGAUUCAAAGGUUCUUAAAGGAGUGAUGUUUAACAAAGAUGUUGUCGCCCCAGGAAAAAUGAGAAGGAAGAUUGUCAAUCCCCGUAUUCUUCUUCUUGACUGCCCCCUAGAAUACAAAAAAGGUGAAAACCAGACAAAUGCUGAGUUGGUCAAAGAAGAAGAUUGGGGAAUCCUACUGAAAAUGGAAGAAGAAUACAUUGAGAAUAUCUGUGCACAGAUAAUCAAAUUCAAACCUGACCUGGUUAUCACAGAGAAGGGUCUCAGUGAUUUGGCUUGCCAUUAUCUGAGUAGAGCUGGUAUCAGUGCAAUUAGGCGGUUGAGGAAGACUGACAAUAAUAGAAUAGCCAAGGCUUGUGGUGCUGUAAUUGUGAACAGACCUGAUGAGUUGCAGGAAUCAGAUGUUGGAACUGGUGCUGGAUUAUUUGAAGUUAAGAAGAUAGGGGAUGAAUUCUUUGCUUUUAUAGUGGAUUGCAAGGAGCCAAAAGCUUGUACUGUGCUUCUGAGAGGUGCUAGUAAAGAUCUUUUGAAUGAAGUAGAAAGAAAUUUGCAGGAUGCGAUGUCUGUAGCAAGAAACAUAUUAAAAAAUCCAAAACUUGUUCCUGGGGGUGGUGCUACCGAGUUAACUGUAUCUGCUACGCUGAAGCAGAAGAGUUCUUCUGUUGAAGGCAUAGAAAAGUGGCCUUACGAAGCUGCUGCCUUAGCUUUUGAAGCCAUACCCCGAACUUUGGCUCAGAAUUGUGGGGUGAAUGUAAUCCGAACCAUGACAGCGUUGCAAGGAAAGCAUGCCAAUGGUGAAAACGCCUGGACAGGCAUAGAUGGAAAUACUGGCGAAAUCACUGACAUGAAAGAGCGCAAGAUUUGGGAUGUGUAUAAUGUAAAGGCACAAACUUUUAAGACAGCUAUAGAAGCUUCCUGCAUGCUGCUAAGAAUUGACGACAUAGUUAGCGGUAUUAAGAAGAAACAGGCACCAGGUGCUGGACCAACAAAGCCACAAAUUGAGACGGAAGCUGAUGCAGAUAAUGAGCAAAUUCUUCCCGAGUAAAUUAAUUUUGGACUUUUAAUUUAAGAGUUCUUUCUUCCUUGUAUUUUGGUAUCAGUUUUCUUGUCUCUUCAAUGGUGUUAUCGUGCUAGUGCUAGUGCUAGCUAUUUAGGUGGGUUCCAUUCUUUACGAGCUUUAUAGCUAGGGCCCUUUGUGUUUUCUUGGGUUGGGACUUCCGAAAUAUAAUAUGGUCAGCGGAUGAAUUCAAUUUUGUUACCACCGUUUUGGUUUGGGGUUGAUGUUUGAGGAUAGUGAUUCAAGUUUUCAUUACAUUGGCUGAUGGUGUUCCUAAGAGCCCAAAAACUCUUCUUACUUUCCUUCACUCCAAAAUCAAUUUAAUACGAUAGGAAAUGGCAGUGUAAAAUCACAUUCAAUUAAUUAUCAAUGACUAUAGGCAUGUUUUAGUGUCA